AUGGAACUCAACCGAGAACAUUUUCGCACCAUAAUUUAUUACAACCUUCAGAGACAAUUAUCGCAACAAGAAUGCCUUGCUCUGUUACUGUCUGUUUUCGGCAACGAAGCGCCACAAUUCAAACGUGGACGGGUGAGUCUUAGCGACGAUCCCAGGGUGGGUGCACCAAAAACGGCAGUCACCCAGGAAGACGUCGAUGCUGUGCGCAAACUCAUCAUUGAAGAUAGACUUGUGACAUAUCGCGAGAUUGAGGCAAAAUUAAUUUCUCGUUGGAUACCCCACCUGUUGACUGAAGAGCAGAAAGCAGCCAGGGUUAAUUGGUGUCAAAAAACGCUUGACCGUUUCAAUUCUGGAAACUCAAAAAAUGUGUACAGCAUUGCUAGUGGUAAUGAAUCGUGGAUUUACUGUUAUGAAUCGGAAAAUAAACGACAGUCGGCUGUUUGGAUGGUCGCGACAUUUGUGUCAAAAGCGGGUCAUAUUGCAACAAUUCCUCUCAAUGAGCAAAGAACUGCUACUGCGGAUUGGUAUACCACCAUUUCUUCGAAAAAUCAACCCCAUCCUCCAUAUAGUCCCGAUCUAAGUCCUAACGAUUUCUUUACUUUCCCGAAUAUUAAAAACAGACUGCGUGGACAAAGGUUCCAGUCACCAGAAGAAACAGUUGACGUAUUCAAAAAUGCCGUUUUGGAUCUGCCAGCAAACGAGUGGAGUAAGUGCUUCGAAAAUUGGUUCGAGCGCAUGCAGAUGUGUAUUAAUCUUAGAGGAGAAUACUUCGAAAAACAAUAA